CCUUUUUCAUUUCUCUCAUAAAACUCUUCAACACCCACCCACCCGACCAGAAUCCAAUAAACAACACACAUGAAAGAUUAACCGCCAGAACAACAAAACCUGUUUCAGAAGAAGAUAGAAGAAAGAAACAAUUGUUAGUAUUUUAGACGAGGGAGAGAUGCGCAUCUUCAAACCCUCUUCAACCCACUUGCUACUUCUAUCUCUCUUCACCUUGCUGCUUACCUUUGCAAUUGCAAGUGAAGAAACUCCUAUAUACAGCGCACAUGUCUGCACAAGUGGAUCCUAUUACCAACCCAACACAACAUUCCAAACCAACUUGAACAUUCUCCUCUCAUCUCUCGUCUCCAACGCCACCCUCCACGACGGCUUCUUCCGCACCACCGUCUCCGAGGUCAAGGGGCUCUUCUUCUGCCGCGGUGACGUCACCCCCUCCCUCUGCCAACACUGCGUCACCGCCGCAGCAAGUAACAUCACAAUCUACUGCACCAACCAGACACAGUCCAUAAUCUGGUACGACCAGUGCACGCUGCGUUACUCCAACAAUUCCAACCUCGACAACACGUUCCCAAGUGUUAACUUGAUAAAUGUAGAGAGCGUCUCCGACUCGGACCUUACCCGGUUCAACAAUAUUCUCGCAUCCACGGUGAACGAUUUAAAGCAUGAGGUCAUGAACUCUAAUUCGGGAAAGAAGUUUGCUACAAAAGAAGUGAAUUUCACGAGCUCAAUGAAGCUCUACACCCUGGCGCAGUGCACGCCCGAUAUGUCCACUUUUGACAGUGACAUAUGCCUUUCAAUGGCCAUCAGUACCCUUGGUGAUGGAAAACAAGGAUCACGGUCCCUGCUUCCGGGUUGUAAUAUUAGAUAUGAAUUGUACCCUUUUUACAAUGUUUCUGCCGUGAUCAUUCAGCCAGAGCUUACCCCUCCCCCUCCCCCUCCAUCUUCAGGGAAAAUCAGUAUCUCUAUAAUUGUGGCGAUUGUUGUCCCUAUUGUCGUUGCGAUUCUACUAUUCGUUGUUGGCGUCUACUUCCUACGUAAAAGGGCAAGCAAGAAGUAUAAUACUUUCGCCCAGGAUUCAAUUGUGGAUGAUCUUAUAGAUGUGGAGUCCUUGCAAUUUGACUUGGCUAUGGUUGAAGCUGCUACAGAAGGGUUCUCAGAUGAGAACAAGAUUGGCCAAGGUGGAUUUGGAGUGGUUUAUAAGGGUGUCUUCCCUAACGGACAGGAGAUAGCUGUGAAGAGGUUGUCAGUAACCUCCUUGCAGGGUGCUGUAGAGUUCAGGAAUGAAGCUGCUCUUGUGGCCAAGCUUCAACAUAGAAAUUUAGUGAGACUAUUGGGAUUUUGCUUGGAGGGACAAGAGAAGAUCCUUAUCUAUGAAUACAUACCAAACAAAAGCCUUGAUCGCUUUUUAUUUGACCCUGUAAAGCAAAGAGAGUUAGAUUGGUCAAGGCGCUACAAGAUUAUUGUUGGCAUUGCUCGAGGAAUUCAGUAUUUACACGAAGAUUCCCAGCUUAGAAUUAUACACCGUGAUCUCAAAGCUAGUAAUGUUCUAUUAGAUGAAAAUAUGAACCCAAAGAUUUCAGAUUUUGGCAUGGCAAAAAUUUUCCGGGCAGAUCAGACUCAAAUAAAUACAGGAAGGAUAGUAGGGACUUAUGGUUACAUGUCUCCAGAAUAUGCAAUGCGUGGACAGUUCUCUGUGAAAUCAGAUGUGUUCAGCUUUGGUGUCUUAGUUUUGGAGAUUGUGAGUGGCAAGAAGAACACUGAGUUUUAUCAAUCGAAUCAUGCUGAUGACCUUUUAAGCCAUGCUUGGAAGAAUUGGACAGAGCAAACACCUUUGGAGUUGCUGGAUCCAACACUGAGAGGUUCUUAUUCUAGAAAUGAAGUCAACAGAUGCAUCCAUAUUGGUUUAUUGUGUGUUCAGGAAAAUCCAUCUGACAGGCCUUCGAUGGCCACUAUUGCACUUAUGCUGAACAGUUAUUCAGUUACCAUGUCAAUGCCACGACAACCAGCAUCUCUUCUGCGCGGGAGAGGUCCUAACAGGUUAAACCGAGGGAUGGACUCUGAUUCGUCUACCUCCAAUCAGUCUACCACUUGUUCAAUUGCAUGGUCUGUGAAUGAAGUAUCCAUUACUGAUUUAUACCCUCGCUAAAGGAUUGUUUUUCAUGUUUCCUUCAAUCAAUCCAGUGUAGUCCAAAUCUUUUCAAACUUUGAUGUUACUCUUAAACAUACCUAAAGGAUAUAUGUUCUAAAUAUUAAUGGCUAAAAGAAUUCUGUCCCUACUUCAUGCUGGAUGAACAUGUAGAGUAGAUAAAGCACGAUGCCCCAGGAGAGACCAUAAUAAUUUGCAAUCUUGACCAAUUUUGUUUUUGAAAUGUAGUGUUGUUCCGUUGUGAAGAUAAUAAACAUUUCAUGUAGCCACUUGCAAGUAAUUUUUGAAUUUUAUGUA